AUGGAUCGUUUACCUAAAGUGUGGUAUGAACAGGCCAGCAGCAUCGAAGAUUCGUUAUUAGUUUCCGCGUCAAAAGAUACUCCGUCGAGCAACCCCCUUAAACCUCCGCAAUCCCCGGCUAAAACCCCGUCCAAAAAAUCCCUCGCCAAGAAGGCUCGCCGAAAAUCCAGAGAGGCGGAAAGCGCAGGAAAUGGCGCAGAUGCAUCCGCGGAACUUCCCCCGAUAGCUGGCGGGGAAACUGGCGCUGCCACUGGCGCGGAGGGGGGCUCGGGGGAAGGCGCAGGGGCGGGCGGAGGGGGGCAGGCGGAAGACCCGCGCGGGGGGCUGUCAGAGGCGGAGUGGAUGGCGCUGGCAGAGAAGCUACGGGGGGAAGGGGACGCGCUUCUGAAGGAGGCGGCGGAAGCGUAUGAGCGGCGCAAGGAGAGCAGCAGCGAUGCCAGGUGGCUCGCUGCCGUCCGUCGAUCUGGAACGGCCGCGGAUCGUGUGGCUGCGCUGACUGUGGUUAUACAGGACGACCCUGUAGCGAAUCUCUCCAACCUGGACGCGUUACUGGCCAUGGUGUUGAACAAGGCCACCAAGCGCCACGCCUUAGGCGCCAUGGACGCGCUCAGCGAGCUUUUCACCUCCUCGCUGCUCCCUGACUCGCGCAAGCUGCGCUGGCUGCACCAGCAGCCGCUGCUUCUCCUGUCCCCGCUAAAAGCAUCCCCGCUACAAGCCGCUUCGCUACAAGCUGCCUCGCAGCAGUCAAAGGGCGAGGGAAAAGCAGGAGGGAAGGUGACUGUAGCGGGGGGAGAUGCGGGCAGGAGGCUGCUGCGGCUGUGGCGAUACGAGGAGUGCUUGAAGGAGCGGUUCGAGCGGUUUUUGGAGGGGUUGGAGGAGGGCGGAAAGGACGUGGUCGAGUUUGUGCGCGACAAGGUGCUUCGGAUUCUGCAUGCCCUGCUGUCGUCCAAAGCGGAGGGGGAGAGACGGGUGCUGCAGGCGCUGGUGAACAAGCUGGGAGACCCGAGUCGAAAAGUGGCCUCCAAGGCCAGCUACCUGCUGGGCUGUCUGCUAGACGCCCACCCCAACAUGGCCCCCGUGGUGGUGAAACACGUGGAAGCAUUUGUCUUCCGCCCCAACAUCAGCACGCGCGCGCGGCACUACGCGGCAGUCUUUCUGAACCACAUCACCCUGUCGCACAAGGGGCUGGGCCCCAUGCUCGCCAGACAGCUCAUUGACCUCUACUUCGCUCUGUUCAAAGUGGUGACGAUGGGUGCGGGAGGGGAUGGGGACGGGGACGGGAAGGGGCGGUGGGAGGGGAGAGGAGGAGAAGGGAGGGGUGGAGGGAGAGGGAGAGGGAGGGGUGGAAAAAGAGGGGGACGGGGAGGAGAGCGGGGGGGAAGAGGAGGGAGAGGAGGGAGGGGAGGGAGAGGAGGAGGGGGGAGAGGAGGGGGAAGGAAAGGGAAGGACCGGUUUGUGUCGGCAGCAGCGGCGCCGGGAGUGGGAGGGGUGGAGGGGCAUGAGUUGGAAGCAGAUAGUGCAUUGCUGUCGGCUCUUUUGACAGGUGUGAACCGUGCAUUCCGCUACGUGGCAGAGGAUGAUGUUACAGAGGUCAUUGAAACGCACACACCCCUCCUCUUCCGCAUGGUGCAUGCGGCCAGCUUCAAUCUGGGCGUGCAGGCGCUGCUGCUGCUGUUCCAGCUCAUGGGCAAGAGCGCUGCUCUCAGCUCCCGCUAUUACCGCGCACUCUACUCUGUGCUCUUCUCACCUGCUCUCGCCAAGUCUUCCAAGGGUCCCAUGUUUAUGGCGUUGGUGUUCAAGUCAAUGAAAGCAGACGUCAACCUCCCGCGCAUUGCAGCGUUUGCCAAGCGGCUGCUGCAGGUGGCGCUGCAGCAGCAGGCCACAUUCGCAUGCGGGGCCCUACUCCUUAUUUCCCAAGUGCUCAAAAUCCGACCCAUGUUGUGGAGUGCUAUCUUAGAACCAGAAGCAAAUACAGACGACGUGGAGCAUUUUGUGGACGUGGAUAAGGAAGCAGCUAGUAACGAGGAUGGGGUUGAGGGGAAGAAGGUGCAAGGGAAAGGAGGAGGCGAGGAGGGAGAUGAGGAAGAGGACGAAGAUGGGAGAAAGAGGAGGGAGGGAACAUACGAUCCAAAGCAAAGGGAGCCGUCCCUGUGCCAUGCGGAUCGUGCCUGCUGGUGGGAGCUGGCAGCAUUGGCAGCGCACGUGCACCCCACAGUGUCUCGCCUCGCCACCUCCCUGCUCUCAGGCGAACCCGCCUCCUUCACAGGCGACCCCAUCCAGGACCUCUCCCUCUCCGCCUUCCUCGACCGGUUUGCUGAGAAGCAGCAGAUGAGAAUGAAAGCUGCGGGUAGGGAGAAUGCUGCUUCUGCUGCUGCGGUGGCGGCGGCAGGGGGGAGGAGAAGCGUGGGGUUUGUGAAGGAUGGGGGGAAGGGGCAGGUUCAGGCGCAUGAUGCGUUUUUCCAUCAGUUUUAUGCGAUGCAAGGGGAGUUGGGGUCGAGAUGGAAUAAGGGGGAGAAGAAGGGGGGAGAGGGUUGGGGAAAGAGAAGGGAGGAGGAUGAGGAGGGAUUGGAUGUAGAUAUGAAGAUCGCAGAGGAUGGUGAUAUGAGGGAGGAUUUGGAGGAGGGGGGUGAGGGGGGGGAGGAAGAAGAGGAAGAAGGGGAAGAGGAGGAGGAAGAGGAGGAUGAGGGAGAGGAAGGGGCUGGGUUCGCAGGGGGAGGGUUCCUGGAAGUUUCGGAUGAUGAUGAGGCUGCUGACGAGGCGAUCAAGAACUGGAUGGAGGAGGAGGGAGGCGAUGGGGGGAGCGAUUUGAGUGAGGGAGAAGAGGGUGGGGGGGAGGAUGAUGAGGAGGAGGAAGAAGAGGAGGAAGGGGAUGGGGGCUUUGAGUUUGAUUAUGAUGACAUGGAUGAUUUGGCUGGGGAGGAUGCUGUUGGGGAUGAGGAGGAAGAGGAGGCAGAGUUGGAGGAGGAGGAGGAGGAGGAGGAGGAGGAGGAGGAGGAGGAGGAGGAGGAGGAGGAGGAGGAGGAGGAGGAGGAGGAGGAGGAGGAGGAGGAGGAGGAUGAGGAUGAGGAUGAGGAUGAAGGCAAGGGGGAGGGGGCGGGAGAGGAGGAGGGAGAAGGUGAGGAGGAGGAACUGGAGGAGGUAGCAACUAAGCCAAGCUCGAGGAAGGGAGGCAGCAGUGGGAAGGCAAAGAAGGAGCGUGCACCGGAGAAUGUGAAGAGGGGAGGGAGCAAGAGAGCAACAUAUAUUCAGAGUGAUAAUCAUGAGAAUGUGGGGAAGCCUUCCAAGAAGCAGCGGAAAGGGGAAGUGGCGGUUGAUGCUGCCGAGGAGAAAGUCAAGAAAGCGGACAAGAAGAGCCGUGGCGGAAAGAUGAAAGGGGGUUUGUCUAGUAGCCCUUUUGCAGACUUUGAUUCGUAUGCCCAUUUGUUGGAUGACUGA